UCGCUUAAGUCCUUUAUGGUCCACAAAAUACCUAGCGGAUACAUUAUUAUAUGAUUGGCCAAAAUGGCAAGUAUGCAAGAAGUCGAUGCGCUCGUGGUCGGUGCUGGAUUCGGCGGCUUGUGGAUGACAAACAGACUGAAAGAGGCCGGUCUAAAUGUCCUCUGCGUUGAGAAAGCACCUCAAGCAGGCGGAGUCUGGUACUGGAACUGCUACCCCGGCGCCCGGGUAGACAGUCGCUACCCUGUCUAUCAGUAUUCCGACGAGUCGCUCUGUAAAGACUGGAAUUGGAGUGAACUUUUCCCAGGGUACGAAGAGAUCCGCAAGUACCUCUCCUACGCGGUCGACAAGUGGCAGCUAAACAGCCACAUCCGGUACAAUACAACAGUGACAGGUGCACGCUUCGACGAGUCGGACCACAAAUGGACCGUUGAAGGUAUUAAUGGCUCACAUGGGACGAUACGCAUCCGGUGUCGUUGGUACAUCCUUGCCCUAGGGUUUGCCUCAAAGCCAUACAUCCCCGACUUCGAGGGUCUCAACCGCUUCCAGGGUCCCUGCUUCCACUCCUCGGCGUGGCCACAGGAAGGAAUCGACCUGAAAGGCAGACGCGUCGCCGUCGUUGGCACAGGUGCAAGCGCUGUGCAGAUCAUCCAGACCAUUUCCAAAGAAGUCGGCCACUUGACCGUCUACCAGCGGACCCCGUGCACUGCCAUGCCAAUGAGACAGCAGUCCCUGACACCCGAAUACCAGGACAAUUUCAAAGCCUCCGGCGAGAUGGCAGCCACGAUGCGUCGUACAAAGUACGAGAGAUUUGGUGGCCAAGACGUGCAGUUUGUUAGCCGUCGCUGGCACGAAGAUACCCCUGAGCAACGGCGUGCAGUGUUCGAGCAAGCCUGGCAGAAGGGCGGAUUCCACCUGCUCCUAUCCACCUACUUCGAAGUCUUCGACGACGUGGAGGUGAACCACGCCGCAUGGCGAUUCUGGGCCGAGAAGUCGCGCGAGCGCAUCCAUAACACCAAAUACAAGGACAUCCUAGCCCCGCUAGAAGCGGUCCACGCCUUCGGAGGAAAACGUACCCCGUUCGAACAAGAUUACUUCGAGGCCUUUAACCGUCGUAAUGUAGAUCUAAUCGAUAUGAAAGCGUCACCAAUUCUCUCCUUUGCGGAGAAAGGCAUCAUAACCCAGAACGAGGGCUUGCAGGAAUUUGAUGUAAUCAUUCUAGCGACUGGCUUCGACACAAACACUGGCGCCCUAACAUCCAUCCAUAUCCAAGACACAGAUGGCAUCCUACUCAAGGAUCGUUGGAGCUACGACGGCGUUAUGACGACCUUCGGGAUGUCGACUAGCAAGUUCCCUAACAUGUUUUUCUUCUACGGGCCGCAGGCACCGACAGCUUUCUCGAAUGGACCCUCGUGCAUUGAACUACAGGGCGAGUUCGUCGAGGAGCUGAUCCUCGAUAUGAUCGGGAAAGGUGUAACGCGUGUCGACACGACUAGUGAGGCCGAGAAGAGGUGGAAGGAGUCGACUUUGUCGCUGUGGAACCAAUUUGUGUUUUCUUCUACAAAGGGAUUCUAUACGGGGGAGAAUAUCCCGGGGAAGAAAGCUGAGCCGUUGAAUUGGUUUGGGGGCUUUCCUCGCUAUAGGAAGGCGUUGACGGAGUGUCGCGACGGCGGGUAUAAGGAAUAUUCUCUUCGGUCUUUGCCUAAAGUUCCGGAUCCAGAGCACAGGGGGUUGAUUGAUAAGGUGGCCGUUGUUACAUCGGCCCAGCCGGUGGGAGCGUAAUGCAUCGUUAUGGAAAGUUUCAGUGACUGGCUAUCUCAAUGAAGCGCCUUCUUUCCCCCCGCGCGCUUUGUCUUCUGUGGACGAUAAUUUACUCUGAGUUACAAUUACAUUCACUCGAGACUGAAGUGAGAGUAGGCCAAUUGAAGGUGAAGAAUUAGCCGGUGGACUCGAGGAGAAAGACAAAGCAGAGGAAAUAAAUCGACGAA